AUGAAGAAGAAGAGGCAAAACAAGCGAGGCGACAGAGCCAGUCUCAAGGCCCGGUCUGCUGUCGCGGCGGAGGUCCUUCAAUCGUCUGCGGACGCCGCAUCGGCCUCCAGUGAAAAUGCAUCUAGUCUCCCCCCCUCGUUUUUCCUACAGAAAGCAGAGAAAUGCCUCGAGAGCUUCCCCCCAGAGUUUGCUCUCUCACUCAAGUUCCUUCGCAAAGGCGUGUCCGUACACCCCAACGACGUCUCGCUUCUUGUGCGCACAGCGGAGAUGUUGACUGAGGAAGGAAGGCUUGACGAGGCCAAGCAGCUGCUCCAGAAGGCAAUAAAAAUUGAGCCUGAAAAGAAGCCAGAGAAAUACUUCUAUCUCGCGCAGAUCGAGGAGGGGAGGACAAGCCUGCAGCUCUUCCGGCGGGCCUCGGCACUCCUCGAGGCUUCGCUGAGCGACCUCGACGUCUCCGUGGCGCAGGCCGAACAGAGACAGAGAGCGUCCGGAGACGCAGGUCAAGGCGCGGCAGCGGCAGCCACGCGCCUGCUGAAGGAGGAGAGGCGGUGCGUGGCGCGUCAGCUAGUCGAGGCCAAAUGCAGCGUGAGCGAACUUUUCAUGACAGACUUGUGUGACGAGGAAGAAGCUGAGGGAGCCUGCAAGACCGAAAUCGAAGAGACCCUCCGAAUUUCUGAAAAAUACGACGGCGCAGGGCUCCCAGACGCCUUGUACCUUCACGCCUCCUUCCUGAAAACCACAGGAGACAUUGAGGGCGCGCGAUCCACCUCGCUCCGCGCGGCGGCGUUGAUUCAUGAACAGCUGAAGCAGCGGGACGAGAAUCUCCGUAUCACUGCAUCCACCUGCGAGGGUGACGAGGACGUCAGCAGCCGCGAACUCCGCGUGAACCUCGCGCGCGUUCUCAUCGACGUUCAAGAGCCCGACGCGGCUGUCCUUCUUGUCUCCUCCUGCAUCGAAGAGGACGAUCAAGAUGCGGAUUCGUGGCUCAUUUUGUCCUGCGGACUCUUCAAGGCCAACAAAUUCGGCGCCGCGCGAGAGAGCCUGGAGCACCUACAGCAGCUGCUGACGGCCUCGGGGGUCGCCGCUGAGCGAGACAACCCCCUGUGUGUGCACACUAACGAGCUCCUGCGCAUCGUUAAGGAGGAACAAGCGAAGGAGGCCGCGACGAACGGCGGAGGAGAAAAUGACGACGAAGACGACUGGGAAGAAGAGGACGACGCAGAAGACGUCGACAUGGGCGACAGCUGA